GGUAAUAUAUCAAACGAGGCAUCAAAGGGGGCAACAGAGAAGGGCAGGAGGAAAACAAGCAUCGGCUGUGACAGCCCAAGACCACCACAGCCUCGCAUGUCAGACCACACUCGUCGAUGCAGAUUCAAAGAGAGUGGCAUUGCAUGGGGCCUCGCAGCCGCACCGAAGACGGAAAGAUCCCAAGUCACAUUCAUGCGCUACCCCAAUGGCACAAACAGUCAAUCGGAGCGUUCCAUGAAAUGCACGGAAUGAAGACCGUCGUCGAAUUCUCCAGUCGGGAACGUUCCAUAUCCAAACAAAUUCCCAGAGAAAGGCGACCGUCGGACAGUGCCCAGUGCUUCAACUUUGCUGGGCAAAUACGCGACACGAACCAAGACAUGCGCGCACCAUCCACCGCCAAAAGAUGUAGGCUCUGUCGCCGCGCCACCCAACCUCGGGGUUUAAUUUUACCAGCGAUGGGCUUCAAUCUAAUACCAACCAAGGGGAAGAAGGAACACAGUACACCAAAGUUGCCAAUGACAUUGAGUUGCUUGUCGACAAGGGAGCUUGACGAGAAGACAUAUAAGAAGGCUGCCGCCAGCUGUGAAAACCACGACCUUCGGGUAUUAGAGACCGAGUCAUGCAGCAUCGACAGUGGGACGAACGUAACAAUUCAUGAGUUUGAGAAUCGUGCACCAUCCCGAGAAAUGAAAAAGAAAAUAACAAAACAUAAUCAUCUCAUACAUGCAAUCCUAACAGGCUGAACAUCGUUAGAUGAAAGGAAAUAGGAAAAUAGUAAUAAUACUUCGUGCCAGCAUAACAAUAUAAACAGACAUAAAAGUUUCAAACGGGUGAAACGAGGCGUUUCCGACGAAACCAGAGGGAGGUGGGAAUAACGUCAAUAAGUACGAG